AGCUCCGACGUUUUGACCCAGAUUGUCCCCGAUAAUCGCAUUCCCGCCACGAUAAUCACCGGCUUCUUGGGCUCCGGAAAGACGACAUUGCUUAACCAUAUACUAACUGCGGAGCAUGGGAAGCGAAUUGCGGUGAUUGAGAACGAGUAUGGUGAAAUAGACAUUGAUGGUUCUUUGGUUGCUGCAAAAACCACUGGGGCAGAAGAUAUUGUUAUGUUGAAUAAUGGGUGUCUUUGCUGCACUGUGAGGGGUGACCUUGUUCGUAUGAUUUCAGACUUGGUCCAUAAGAAGAAAGGGAAGUUCGAUCAUAUUGUAAUAGAGACUACUGGAUUGGCAAAUCCAGCACCGAUCAUUCAAACAUUUUAUGCUGAGGAUGAGGUUUUUAAUGAUGUCAAGUUGGAUGGUGUUGUCACGUUAGUUGAUGCUAAACAUGCUGUUUUUCAUCUGGAUGAAGUUAAGCCAAAAGGAGUUGUCAAUGAGGCUAUAGAGCAGAUUGCUUAUGCUGACCGUAUCAUUGUGAAUAAGGUACACAUGAUUACUAUGAUCUAUUUGUGUAUCAG